GGAAGGGUAGGGAAGGGAAGGGUAGGCUAAUGGGAUACGGAGUUACCGCCUUCAAGGCACAAGCUUUGAAAUAAAAAAAUCAAAUGGGUUUCAACCAAAAACUAAUAGCGCACCGCCCAUCUUAAUCUUCAUAAACCGUCCAAUUCUUCUUCAAAAUUCUUAAUAACUGACAAAUUCCCUCUUCUUCUUCUUCUUCCUCUUCUCCAAGUAACAAUACCUUCUUAUUACUCCUUCUUCUCCUCCUCCCCCCUCCACUACUUUCAUCUUCUUGCAUUCAAAUUUUCAUCAUCCUCUUUUCAAUAUAUCCAUUUCUUUCUCACUUUCAUACGACGUACCCAUUACCCUUUCUUGAUCCUUAAGUUUCUUUCUCUUCACCGACUUCCGAUUGGCGGUCAUGGCUUUCUUUUCUUCUCCCCUACGGUUACUGGGUUGUAUUUAGUUUUCCUAAUCUUCAUUUUCUUUCUUCAAUUGGGUUUCUGGGUGUCUUUGAUUUUCUUCUUCUUUUCAUUAUUUUAGCCACUGGGUUCGUUGUUCUUUGGUUUAUGAUUGAUUUUGGUUUCUGGGUUGUCUUCUUUCGGAUGUCUCUGUUUUAGAUAUCUGAGUUCUUCUUUUUUUUUUUUUUUUUCCGUCUUUGUUUUAGUACUCUGUUUUCCUUCUUAGUUGUGUUUCUAAUCGAUGGAGAACAAUCAGGAUCAAUGUCAGUUACAGUUUCAGCAAUUUGGAAACGAUCACCGUUUUGAGAAUGGAAUUGAGGUUUUUGUGGGUUCUUCCAAGAAUACAGGAAACGAUGACUUCUCCGAUCGAUUUUCCGACGCCGGAGAUUCUUCAACUGGUCAUGAUCAGGACUCGGUGGUUUCGGAUUCUGAAAGUGGAAUUUCAGGGCCGAGUAUGGAGCAAUUGGAAUGGCGGAAUGAGGGGUUGGUAAAACUUGUUGAAGAAGACAAAAUUUACGACCUAAUCAAGAGAAGGUUCCUUACUGGUUUGGGUUUACUUGGUCCGCAAACUACGGUCUCGGCCGUUUACAAGAAUAGUCAUUCGACUCAUAUUGGGCAAGCCCGUUUACACACGUUUCAGAUUUACUCGCAAGCAGUUGAGAAGAAAAAUAGCGGUAAUGCCAAUGUCAAGUACGCUUGGUUGGGGGCUUCUAAAGAUCAAAUCAAUAGCAUUCUCGACUAUGGUUUUUCCCAUUGCAACAAGCCUGAGAGUUCGCAGUUUCUUGGCUCUGGCAUUUAUCUCUCCCCUGAUAAUCAUCCUCUUGAAAGCCUGGAAGAUACUGUUGUCGAUGGAGAUGGUUUAAGGCAUCUAUUGCUCUGCCGUGUUGUAUUGGGGAAAUCAGAGCUUAUUCAUCCUGGUUCUAGACAGAAUCAUCCAAGUUGUGAAGCUUUUGAUUCAGGUGCUGACGAUCUCUUUGCACCAAAGAAAUACAUAGUUUGGAGUACACACAUGAACACCCACAUCUUGCCCGAGUAUCUAAUCAGUUUUAGAGCUCCCCCUCGCUUGAAAGGAACUUUGAAGGCUAGACAGCCUUUCAGAAUGCCAACCUCCCCUUGGAUGCCAUUUCCAUCUCUGAUUUCUGUUCUCUCUAAGUAUCUACCUGCUCCUGAAAUUGCUAUGAUCACCAAGUAUCACAAAGACCACAGGGAUCAUAAGAUUUCAAGGCAUGAGUUGAUUAAGCGAGUGAGGCUGAUAGCAGGGGACAAGUUGUUGAUACAUGUAAUCAAAUCAUUCAGGACACAGGAAAGUAAUGGGGAUGUUGGAUUCGAAGGAAAGGGAAGUAGAGAUGGAGCAAGAAAUGGACAGAAAGCAGCAGGGAAUAUAGGUUCACCAAUUUUGUUAGAGUAGUUGGAUUGGGAGAAGUUUGCAGUUUCUGUUCUGUUACGAACGACAAAAGUUUGGAGCACAAGCAAAGUAGGAAAGGAUUCAAGGAACGAGUUUGAAGCGAAACCAGUGGCUAAAACUAACAUUUUAUCCUCUUCACCAUACUGUACAGCAAACGUUUGUUUUGUGAUUGGAAGAAUUAGCAUUACCAGCAAAAUGUUGUCGUUAUUGCUUUUACUUUAGAAAAUAAGAAAAUGUGUUUCUGCUUUUAAGACAGUUCUAUCUUUCUUAGAUCCACGAGGAUUCUCUCUUUUCCUUGGAUGAAUAUGGUUUUUGUGGAGAUAAGAGCAGGGUUUAACAUGGACCUCAACCUAAAAUGAUGUUUGCUCUUAUGUAAUGUGUGGAGAUGUUUGGGUUCAUAAUAUGUAAUUAUUAGUGGAUAAAAAGAUGAAAAGGGAACUCAUUUUGUUUGGUUUA